CACUUCUUGAUCUGUGUUACCUUUGUGUUUUUGGAGGAGGUGCACUAGGACCCAGCGAGCUGCCCCUGAAGCAGCCUGCAGAAAGGCAGCUCAGCAGACUCCUCCUUAUCUCCAGUGUCAAACUUGACAUCAGCCUGCAAGCGGAGCAUGGUAACUUCUCCUGCAAUCAGCGCUCUCACAUCAGUGGCAUGCUGCAUGAAGAUAUGCUCCUCUCCCUGCCCUCUGCACCAGCAACAUGGAUUGUCACAUCUCCAUCCUCCUCCUUCUCAUCUGCUCUGCCCUCAGCUGCUCUGGGGAACUGAUUCUCCAUCCUACCAACGAAGUUAAUCUGCUGGAUUCAAAAGCAAUUCAAGGGGAGCUGGGCUGGAUCUCCUACCCAUCACAUGGGUGGGAAGAGAUUAGUGGAGUUGAUGAACAUUAUACACCAAUCAGAACUUACCAGGUAUGCAAUGUUAUGGAUCACAGUCAGAACAACUGGCUGAGAACAAACUGGAUUCCACGCAACUCAGCUCAGAAAAUCUAUGUGGAGCUCAAGUUUACCUUGAGGGACUGUAAUAGCAUUCCUCUGGUUCUGGGCACUUGCAAAGAGACCUUCAAUCUCUAUUAUAUGGAGUCUGAUGAUGACCAUUCGGUCAAGUUCAGAGAACAUCAGUUUACAAAGAUUGACACCAUUGCAGCUGAUGAGAGCUUCACUCAAAUGGAUCUUGGGGAUCGAAUUCUCAAGCUCAAUACAGAAGUUCGUGAGGUGGGACCUGUCACCAGGAAAGGUUUUUACCUGGCUUUUCAAGAUGUGGGUGCAUGUGUUGCCUUAGUAUCAGUGAGAGUGUACUUCAAGAAGUGCCCUUUCACUGUAAAAAACCUGGCCAUGUUUCCAGAUACAGUACCUAUGGACUCACAGUCAUUGGUGGAAGUGCAAGGUUCUUGUGUCAAUCACUCCAAGGAGGAAGAUCCACCCAAGAUGUAUUGCAGUACAGAAGGCGAAUGGCUAGUGCCCAUAGGAAAGUGUUUGUGUAAUGCCGGCUAUGAAGAAAGAGGCUAUGAAUGCCAAGCGUGCCGACCUGGGUUCUACAAGGCCUUUGCUGGUAAUGUGAAGUGUGCCAAAUGCCCACCUCACAGCUCUACCUACGAAGAUGGUUCUGUGAACUGCAGGUGUGAGAAGAAUUACUUUCGAUCUGAGAGAGACCCUCCAUCCAUGGCUUGCAGCAGACCUCCGUCUGCACCAAGAAACGUUAUCUCUAAUAUCAAUGAGACAUCAGUUAUCCUAGACUGGAGCUGGCCCCUUGACGCAGGAGGCCGCAAAGAUGUCACCUUCAACAUCAUUUGCAAAAAAUGUGGAGGGAGCAUCAAGUUGUGUGAACCGUGUAGCACCAACGUGCGCUUCUUACCCCGCCAAAUUGGACUCACCAACACCACGGUGACCGUAGUAGACCUCCUGGCACACACCAACUACACAUUUGAGAUUGAUGCAGUCAAUGGGGUGUCCGACUUGAGUACAUUCUCAAGGCAAUUCGCCGCAGUCAGCAUCACAACUAAUCAGGCUGCUCCGUCCCCCAUCACAAUAAUUACGAAAGAUCGGACAUCCCGAAAUAGUGUCUCUCUGUCUUGGCAAGAACCCGAGCAGCCUAAUGGCAUCAUCUUGGACUACGAGGUCAAGUACUACGAAAAGCAGGAACAAGAGACAAGUUAUACUAUUCUGAGAGCGAGAGGCACCAACGUUACCAUCAGUGGCCUCAAACCUGAUACCACCUACGUCUUCCAGAUCCGAGCCCGGACUGCAGCUGGAUAUGGAACAAACAGCCGCAAAUUUGAGUUUGAAACCAGUCCAGAUUCAUUCUCCAUCUCCAGCGAAAAUAGCCAGGUUGUAAUGAUUGCCAUUUCAACUGCAGUAGCAAUUAUUCUCCUCACAGUCGUGGUGUAUGUCCUGAUUGGGAGAUUCUGUGGCUAUAACAAAUCUAAACAUGGUGCUGAUGAGAAGAGGCUGCAUUUUGGUAAUGGACAUUUAAAACUCCCAGGUCUCAGAACUUAUGUAGAUCCACAUACAUACGAGGACCCCAAUCAGGCUGUCCAUGAAUUUGCCAAGGAACUAGACGCUACCAGUAUAUCAAUAGAUAAAGUUGUCGGAGCAGGUGAAUUUGGAGAAGUGUGCAGUGGGCGCCUCAAGCUUCCUUCUAAAAAGGAAAUUUCAGUGGCAAUCAAAACCCUGAAAGUUGGCUAUACCGAAAAGCAGAGAAGAGAUUUCUUGGGGGAGGCGAGCAUCAUGGGACAGUUUGACCAUCCGAACAUCAUUCGUCUCGAGGGAGUUGUCACCAAAAGUAAACCAGUUAUGAUUGUUACUGAGUAUAUGGAGAAUGGCUCUCUGGACAGCUUCCUCCGAAAACAUGAUGCUCAGUUCACAGUCAUCCAGCUAGUGGGCAUGCUUCGAGGGAUAGCAUCUGGCAUGAAGUACUUGUCAGAUAUGGGUUAUGUCCAUCGUGACCUAGCUGCCCGUAACAUCCUCAUCAAUAGUAAUCUGGUUUGCAAAGUCUCGGAUUUUGGCCUCUCUCGUGUAUUGGAGGAUGACCCAGAAGCUGCUUACACAACCAGAGGGGGGAAGAUUCCAAUCCGAUGGACAUCACCAGAAGCCAUUGCAUACCGCAAGUUCACAUCAGCCAGUGAUGCAUGGAGCUAUGGGAUUGUCCUCUGGGAGGUGAUGUCCUAUGGAGAGAGACCAUACUGGGAGAUGUCCAAUCAGGAUGUAAUCAAGGCUGUGGAUGAAGGGUACCGCUUACCACCUCCUAUGGACUGCCCAGCUGCCUUGUAUCAGUUGAUGCUGGACUGCUGGCAGAAAGACAGAAACAACAGACCCAAGUUUGAGCAGAUUGUCAGCAUCUUGGACAAGCUGAUCCGUAAUCCCAGCAGUCUGAAAAUAAUCACCAAUGCGGCUGCAAGGCCAUCAAAUCUUCUCCUGGACCAAAGCAACGUUGACAUCUCAGCCUUCCACACGACAGAUGACUGGCUCAACGGGUUCCGGACAGGACAGUGCAAGGACAUCUUCACAGGCGUGGAAUACAGUUCAUGUGACACAAUAGCCAAGCUUUCCAUAGAUGAUAUGAAGAAGGUUGGUGUUACAGUUGUUGGGCCUCAGAAGAAGAUUAUUAGCAGUAUUAAAGCACUAGAAAAUCAUACAAAGAAUGGCCCUGUUCCCGUGUAAGGUACCAAAAUGAUGUUGCUCAGGUCAGAGAGAGAGAGAAGUUGCUUCAAAGGGCAAACAGUGAUGGCUGAGAAAACUGCACGAAUUAAAGGAGCUCUCACAACACUGUUGGGAACAUUGGUGGAAAUUUCAAGCCCACUAAGAAACUCAAAUAUUGAGUAUCAAUGCCUUAAAGAUAGGAACAUAAAUUUUUAAUCCUAAAGGGCGGGAGCUUUCUUUUCCCCUUCUAGUAACUAACUGAUAAUACAAAUAAUAAUUUUGAAAAGAAAAAAUAUGUAAAAAUCUUUCCAAGUAAAACAAUGAAACUGAACCCCAGAGCCAUUUGAACAUUGACUGACUGAAUAUCAUGAAAAACUAUGGACACAAAGGCUGUGUGUUUGAUCGACAGCAGCAACAAGAAGAAAAAAAGACUUGCAGUAUUUUUAUACACAGAAGAGAUCUGUAACAGGUAUUUUAUUUCUUUAAAGGCAAGCAAAAUUGUGGGAUUAUGCCUCAAACUUAUCUGGCCAUACAAUAACAUCACUGUAAUCCUCCGUUUCAGCUGUGGAAAGGAAUACAGAAAUAAAGUUUGUAGUGACUUUGAGUUAGUUCACAAAUGAUUUUUGCCAUUAUGUUAACUUCCCUAAAUGUUUCCAUUUAAAAAACAAAAAAAAUCUUAAUUUUUUUAAAAGGCAUAUUUAUUUCCUUUUAUUCCUUAUUGUUUAUAUUUAUGCUUAAAUAUCUUAACUUAGAUUUAUUACUGCCAUGUGCCAAAUGCAGUCAGACUUCACUGAUCAGAAUCAAUGAUUUAACCUGAGAAAUUUGUAUGAUGUGUUACUUACUAGAUUUUGUUGUAUGUUCGUACUGCCCUGUUUGAAAUCCAAGAAGGAAAAGCCUUUUUCCAGCUCUUGCUCUGAACAAUCCAUCUCAAGUUACAGACAUUCCAUCUAUGUCAUAUCUCUCUUUACAGUAAUAUGUUACACUUCUAACCUAGAGUAAAUAUACUAGCAGAACUGUGUGUGUACAACAUAUGAAUUGUUUCAUGGAUCAAUAGCCAGCCUGGUUAAGCAUGUUAGUUUCUUUUAAUUCCCAAAGACCUGAUUUCACCAUCCUUACGCAUGAUGAGUAAGUAGCAGCUUAUUCAGAUUGAUUUCAGUGGAGCUAUUUGCAGAGUGAGGUGCUAGAACUCAGUAUAAGGGAGGCAGAUUUGUACCCUAAUUUAGUGGGAUUGUUUCUUUAGCUUACAUGAUAAAGGUUUGAGUCUGAGUCUGGAGCUGAACAUCAGGUAUUCUAUUCCUGAUUGCCACAUGUGCAUAAUUAGCGGGAAGUCAUGGCGCGCGCGCACACACACACACACACACACACA